UCCCUGUCUAGUGCCCAGUCCGGACAGAGAGGCUGAGGAUGGCGACCAUAGACGAGGACCCAGAAGCUUCGUGUAGCAAACUAAGCCCAUCACCAUCAAACACAAGCCUGACUCACCGAUUCCUCGACAAUAAGUUCUAUUUACUAGUGGUUAUUGGGGAAAUUGUUACCGAAGACCAUCUGAGAUGUGCCAUUUCAGAUAUAGAGCGAGGUAUCCGCUCCUGGGACACAGACUUGAUAGCCUGCAACCUAGACCAGGAACUCAAACUCUUUGUAUCACGCCAUUCAGCUAGAUUUUCAGCAGAUGUUAGAGGUCAGAAAAUCCUUCACCACAGAAGUGAUGUUUUGGAAACCGUUGUCCUGAUCAACCCUUCAGAUGAGGCAGUGAGCACUGAGGUACGCCUCUUGAUUACUGAUGCUGCUCGACACAAGUUGCUGGUGCUAACUGGACAGUGCUGUGAAAAUACAGGGGAACUGAUUCUGCAAUCUGGUUCAUUCUCAUUUCAGAACUUUAUUGAAAUUUUUACAGAUCAGGAGAUUGGAGAACUACUAAGCACCACACAUCCAGCCAAUAAAGCCAGCCUCACAUUAUUCUGCCUUGAGGAAGGCGAUUGGAAAAACACAAACCUGGAAAAGCAUAACCUGCAGGACUUCAUCAAUAUAAAACUGAACUCAGUCUCCAUUCUACCAGAAAUGGAAGGACUUUCAGAAUUCACUGAAUAUCUCUCAGAAUCGGUUGAGGUACCAUCAUCCUUUGACGUAUUGGAGCCCCCAGCCUCAGGCGGCUUCCUGAAACUGUCAAAACCUUGCUGCUACAUUUUCCCUGGUGGGAGAGGGGACUCGGCUUUGUUUGCUGUGAAUGGAUUUAACAUGCUUAUAAAUGGGGGUUCAGAUCGUAAGUCAUGCUUCUGGAAACUGGUUCGACACUUGGACAGAGUUGACUCCAUUCUACUCACCCACAAUGGAGCUGAUAAUCUCCCUGGAGUCAAUAGUUUGUUGCAACGUAAAAUAGCAGAACUAGAAGAGGAGCAGUCACAAGGGUCCACUGCUAACAGUGACUGGCUGAAAAAUCUAAUCUCACCUGAGCUGGGGGUUGUAUUUCUUAAUGUCCCAGAAAAUAUGACAAACUUGCAGCCUAAUUUCAGGGUCAGGAGAAAUACUGAGGAAACCUGCCUUACUCUCCAGUACUUAAACAAAUUGUCUAUAAAACCAGAACCCCUGUACAGGACUGUAGGAAAUGUUAUUGAUCCAGUAAUACUGUUCCAGAAAAUGGGUGUGGGAAGACUAGAAAUGUACAUUUUAAAUCCAGUGAAAGGAAGCAAAGAGCUACAAUUUUUCAUGCAACAUUGGUCCAGCAAUAACAAAGCUAAAACUGGACUAGUGUUACCAAAUGGCAAAGAUGCAGAAAUUUCAUUCCCAUACUUGACUUCAAUAUCCUCACUGAUUGUAUGGCAUCCAGCUAACCCAACUGAAAAAAUAGUACGUGCCCUGUUCCCAGGAAAUGCUCCACAGUACAAUAUCCUGGAUGGAUUAGAAAAACUCAAAGACUUAGACUUCCUGAAACAUCCAGUGGUAACUCAAAAAGAGCUAACAGCUGGUUUGGCUGUCCCAACUGUUAAACAGGUCAAGAUGAAACAACGGAGUGACAGCAAGGAGAGUCUUAAAUCUAAUUCUAAACCAACCGCUGCUAAAGGAGUUAAGAAGGAUGCCAAGGAAGAAACACCAGAUGUGGUGAAACCUACUGCAGUUAACCAACAAGAGGCUAUUAAAGAAAAGCUUCAAAAGGUAGAGAAAAAGGAAAAACCUGCAGUUAAAAAGGAAAAACCCAGAACAGAGUCACAAUCAAAGCCUGAAGAAAAGGAAACAAAAGCAAAAGAGGAAACAGCUAAACAGGAACUUGAAGAAAAAACACAGAGCGAUGACAAGCUAAAAGCUGAAAACAAACCAAAACCUGUAAGGGAAAGAAUUGUGAAGAAAGAGGUGAAAGCAAAGAAGCCAGAAGACAAGAAGAAAGAAGAAAAGGAAGUGAAAAAAGAGAGUGUGAAACCAGAGACAAAGGAAGACAAAGCUGUUAUUAAAAAAGAAAAGAUUAAAAAGGAAGAGAAACCUAAAAAAGAGGAAGUGAAGAAAGAAGCAAAGAAAGAUAUUAAAAAAGAAGUGAAGAAAAAAGAAACACCAUUGAAAGAAGUGAAAAAGGAAGAAAAGAAAGAAAUCAAAAAAAAUGACAAUGAUGUCAAAAAAGACCUGAAGAAGCCUGUUAAGGAAGUUAAAAAAUCUAUGACUACACCCGAGGCCAAAAAGUUACCAAUAAAACCCAAAGUGGAAAGGAAAAGUGAACCAAUAAAGAAGGAAGACACUACAAGUAAACCAAAAGAAAAAGGAAAGCCAAAACCAGGCAAGAAAGAAACCAAAAUUGAACAUGUUGCCAUGGCGGGGGCAGCAGCAGCAACAGUAACAGCAGCAGCAGCAGCAGCAGUAGUUGCAGUGGCUACAGAUGAACAUGAAAUUGAACGAUCAUUAAUGUCUUCACCAGAAGAUUUAACUAAGGACUUUGAAGAACUUAAUGAAGAAGAGAAAAGAGAAAUUCAAGGACCUAUUGUCCCAACAGAAAAUUCAAGAAAUAAUGAAGUGCAAGAAGCUACACUAGUGAAAAAAAGAGGGUUUAUAAUUCGUGGGGAUUCUUUAGAGACAGAUGAAUCUCCUGAUGAAGGAAUAACAACCACUGAAGCAGAAGGUGAAUUUGAACAGUCUCCUCAAGAAUACAUUGAAACUGGAAAUAAGGUUACAUUAGAAAGAUUUGAGGAUGAAGGUGCUGCUUUUGAAGAAUCCUCUGAACCUGGUGACUAUGAAGAAAAGGCAGAGACUGAAGAUGUUGAGGAGCUAGCAGAAGAUAUAGUGGAAAAGAUGCCUCCAAGCAAAACUGAACAUGUCUUAACUGGGGGAAAGGCUGAGACUGAAGACAUUGAAGCAGAAGAAUUAAUUGAAACUGAAGAACCAGUUGAGGACGAAGAGAUAGUAGAAAAAGAAGAGACGGAAGAAUCUGAAGCUGGAGAUGAUCGUAAAGAACGUGAAGACUUGCUUGAAAAGGCUGAAGCUGAAGAAGAGGCAGAAGAUGAAGCGAGUAGAGUAGAUCUUAGCAAAGAAGCUGAAAUUUGUGAAGAGAAGGAUAUAGGUGACGCUAAAACUGCUGAGAUACAUGAAGUAAAAGUUCCAUCCCCUGGUGCAACUUUGGAUAAAUUCUCUGCACUUCAUACUUCAAUUAUUGAUCAAACAUUGUCAAUUCGUAAUGAGACAAUACCAACUGAUUUUGAAAGUGAAAUAACAGUUUCUGAUGAAGAAACCCAUGAAGAGCCACCAGAAGAAUUUACAGCUACAUCAGGUUUUACUCAAUCUACAAUUGAAAUUUCUAGUGAACCUACCCCAAUGGAUGAAAUGUCCACACCUAGAGACAUUAUGAGCGAUGAGACUAACAAUGAAGAAACUGAAUCUCCUACUCAGGAGUUUGUAAGCAUGACAAAGUUUGAAACUACUGUUAUUUCUCAGGGUCAUGAGGGAGCCAAGCUUUCUCCUGUUCCUGACACUUACAAUGGGCUCUCGUUAGAAACUUCAAAAACUGAAGUAACACAAGGUGACGAUUAUCCAGCAUCAGCCUCAACAAUAUCUCCCUCAUCUUCAAUGGAAGAAGACAAAUGCUUUAAGUGCCCAUCGACUGGCAUUCUUAAACCUGAAUUUGAAAAACAGGAGGACCUAGAGAUUGAGAAACAGGAUAAUCAAUUAAAAGACCUUGAAGCCAAAUUAAGCCCUGUAAGGAGCCCAGUUGGGUCAUCGCCACUGUCUAGGACACCUUUGAGUGAUCAGAAUGUCAACUUUGAUUUGACUCCAUCAGAUAUCAAAGCAUCCACAGAUCUUACAACGUCUGACCAUGAAAUUCCAGAUGAUCAUUGUGCUAGUCCCGAAGAAAAAACCUUAGAGAUGGCAUCUCCCACACAGUCUGGUUCUCCUAGUGCUGGUCACACCCCAUUUUAUCAGUCUCCAGUAGAUGAGGAAGAUAGUAAAGUUGCAACUGAAUUAACAGGAAAAUUCCCAACUCCAAUUAUUAUUGAGACUGAUGAUAUGAAAGUUGACGAGACCAGUCCAAGAUAUAGCCCCAUGGAUGAGCCUGUACCUGAUUCAGAAUCACCUGUAGAAAAGGUUUUGUCUCCACUGCGAAGUCCACCAAUGUUGGGUUCCAGUUCCCCUGUUGAUAGCUCUCCAAAUGAUGGAGAAGAAUUCCCAGUACAAUUCCUUGAAGGUGCAAUGGAACUCUCAAGUGAUAAGCUUAAACUACUGUCUUCACCUCACCUUUAUCCAUUUAAUGAUUUUUCAUCCAGUUCUGCAGCACCUGAAAAAGAACAUGCUGCAGGUUUUGAGUUGUUGACUCCCAAAGAUAGUUUUAGCCAAGGAUGCAAAGUGGAAGAAAGUGCUGUUGCAACCUUCCCAUCACUUGGUCCCUUUGAAGCUCAUAAAACAGCAGCUGAACUGUCCCCAACACUGGUAGAUCUCAGUCAGAUCGGUUCUGUUAAAGAAGACAGCAAAAUGUCUAUUUCUGAAGGAACCACGUCAGACAAAUCAGCUACUCCUGUCGAUGAGGUGGUAGCAGAAGACACUUAUUCCCAUAUAGAAGGUGUUGCUUCAGCUUCAACAGCAUCUCUUGCCACAAGUUCUUUUCCAGAACCUACAGCAGAUGAUGUAUCUCCCUCAUUGCAUGCGGAAGUUGGGUCUCCUCAUUCAACUGAAGUAGAUGAAUCCCUUUCAGUAUCUGUUGUCCAAACACCUACAGCUUUCCAAGAAGCUGAAGUUUCACCUUCUAAAGAAGAUUGUCCAAGGCCGAUGUCAAUUUCUCCUCCUGAGGUGUCUCCAAAAACUGCAAAAUCCAGAACUCCUGUACAGGAAGUUAGGUCACCUGAGCAUUCGACAAUGUCUGUGGAGUUUAGUCAGGAGUCACCUGAACAGUCUUUAGCUUUGGACUUCAGCAGACAAUCUCCUGAACAACCUGCGUUUAAUGCCAGUUUCCAGCACAUAUCUGAAAAUGGGCCCACUGAAGUAGAUUAUAGUCCAUCAGAUCUGCAGGAGCCUGGGUUUAUCCAACAUACUUUGCCUACACUUGACAGAUCAUUCUAUGGUCAAGAAAGGGAUAAUUUGCAAUUUGGUUCAACCCCACCAACAGAGGCUUCUCCAUCAACUUCAUCUGCUCGUACACCACAAACAAGCUCUCCACUCCAAGAGGAAUAUGGUGUUUGUACUUCAGCACUAUCUGGAAAACCAGUUACUUCUGAAGUGCCACUACUUUCAGAAAGGGUAUCACCUGCCCGUUCACCACAGAGAAGCUCUCCACUGCAAGAACAGGAGGAACUGCAGAUGUUUGAUCUUUCACAGCCUCUUUCACAUGCAAAAGAAGUGUCUCAUCUGCACACAUCAGAUUCAUCAAGCUUGGGUCUUCUGCAGGAGAAGUCUCCAGUGCUAUCAUCAAUGAUAUCUCCUUUGGAGCAAGUAUCUGCUGUUUAUGCAUCACACCCAUUACAAGAGCCUGCCCUCUCUCAAAGCAAAAUUCCAACAAUGCAGUCUGACUUGGAAGAAAUGGAGGCAUUCAGCAGCAAACAAGAUAAAGCCAAAGAUAUAGAUGAGCUCGGAGAUGGAUAUUUUGCAUCUGGAACAGUGCACCCAGCAGAGGUUCAACAUGCUGCCAAUACAUGUUAUAAAACUCCUACUUCAUUCAGGCUUAAUAUAGCUGAUCUUUCCCCUUCUUUCAUCAAUCCAAGCCCAUUAGAAUUUUUUGAGCAAGAUGAUGCCCCUGAAGACCUUGAACGACCACUGACACAAGUUGGAGGAGCCCAACCCCCAUCUGGUGGAAAGCAGCAGGCACGGCAAUGUGAUGAUACCCCAGGAACAUCAGUCAGCGAGUCAGCUCCAUCACAGACGGAUUCAGAUUUUCCUCCUGGAACAGAAGAAUGUCCUUCAAUCACUGCGGAUGCUGCCUUAGACUCUGAAGAUGAGUCAGAAACUCUUCCUACAGACAGAACACUUGUACACAGACAAAUAGAUCCCCCACCUGUUUCGUUAAAGGACCCUAGUCCUCCUCCACCACAUCCAGAUGUUUGCAUGGUAGAUCCUGAAGCAUUGCCGACUGAACAGAGCUUGGCGAAGGCAGACAAGCCAUUGAAGAAAGAGGUCAAAGAGAGAACAAAGACCAAAAAACAGGCCGCAAAGACAAAGUCUUCCUCUCCUUCCAGAAAAGCUGACAGCAAACCAAAGCAUUCCAGUGCUCCUUCCAGAACAAAUACACUAGCAUCUGCUAAGGAAACAGCUGAUAAAACUGCAAAAACAGCUUCUCCUAAGAAGAAGGAUUCAAUGGACAAAGGAGCCAAAGCUAGCACUAAUCCAGAAGUAAAGGGUGCUCGAGGCGAUGACAAAGAAGCAAAAAAUGCUACUAACACCACAAAUUCAAAAUCUACACAUACUACUAAAAAUCCAGCUUCCAGUGGCAGUAAGGCAGCAGGAAUGCCAUUGGUGCCCCCGGGGCCACCUGUGUACCUUGACCUGGUAUACAUUCCAAAUCACUGCAGUGCCAAGACUGUGGAUGCAGAGUUUUUCAAACGAGUGAGAUCUUCCUACUAUGUAGUGAGUGGAAAUGACCAUGCAGCUGAGGAGCCAAGCAGGGCUGUGUUGGAUGCUCUCCUGGAGGGCAAGUCUCAGUGGGGUAGUAACACGCAGGUUACUCUGAUCCCAACCCAUGACUCCGAAGUCAUGCGGGAAUGGUACCAGCAAACUCAUGAGAAGCAACAGGACCUCAACAUCAUGGUACUAGCAAGCAGCAGCACUGUCGUCAUGCAAGAUGAAUCGUUCCCUGCGUGUAAGAUCGAAUUGUAACUGGGAGUCCCAUAAAACCAGAACAUUCAACCAGUUGUCUAAGGGGAAGCACUCAAAUGGAAAUUUUAAAAAAAAGGAAGGAAAGCAGAUAUAAAUCAGUGUCUGCUGAAUAUUGUACGAUAGAUUUGUUAUACAGGUCACUAGCGUGUAACACUUUCCGGACUAUUUAGUUCCUAUGCUAAGGCAAAACUUUCGUAUUCCUAAAAAAAAUGUAACAACAGGGUUUAAAAUACUUGAAUCAGCCAAGCUCCGAAUCCAUCACAUUUGUGGUGUGGUUGAUCCUGGUUCAGGAUUUUUGUGUUUGAAAGAAACUGAUUUAGUGAAAGAAAGUUACAUGAUUCUUACCUUUGGGAACAGAACUUUUACAUGACAACAAAUCAUCACAAGAACAGUUUUAAAAAGUGUGAAAUUUAGCUUUUUAAUGACUACAGUGCUGUGCAAGGCAGUAUACAACUCCAUGUGGUAACGCAACAUGUACUAAACUCACAAGUAUUUUGAACCCUAUUCACGUAACUAGCCCAUCCACCCACCCCCCCCAUAAAUAUGCAGAGAUAUUUAACUAAGGCAUGUUCCCUGUGUACCAGCUUCUGGACAGAUUUAAUUCUGCAUUUGAACAUGGCAUAUUGCCAUUAAGCCUUGAUAAAACUGCAUGCUUAAAAAAAAUGACAGCUAAUACACUUAAGCAGAAACCAAAGGAGUUGGGAGUACACAUACUAGUCAUUUUGCCUUAGACAGUGACUUGAAUGUAAUGUGAUCUAGGUUGCACUUUUUUUAAAAAUGGGAAGUGUAUGAGGCAGACAACAGAUCAGUAGUGAAGAUCAGUAUAGGACAGUAGUUUGAGUAGUACUGUGAUGUGUGUGUAUGCGUGUGUGUGUGUGUGUGUAUGCGACACCACGGUUUCCUUGAGAUCAGUCAUAGCAGAUGUUCAAAUGUGAUGUAUACUUUUUUUUCCAAAAGUAGUUGUUUUUAGCAAGGAUCUGGCAGAAUUGGAAUAUGGAGAAAAAUCACUCCAAGUAUGCAGAAAGUCUUGUUUCUUUUUGGUUAUGUAACAUGUUAUUAAUAAGUAACCUAUGUUCUUUUUGCAUGAAUUAAUUAUUUUUUAGUCAAAAGAAGUCAAUAAAGGUUCACUAGCUGGGUGCAUUAUGUUGACUGGGACAGAGACGGUGCUUGCUCUUGUAACUAGCUUAACUAUUGACCAUUUAUAGUUCUAAAAAUUACCUUGGGGAGAACCUUAUUGAUGAUCCUUAUAGCUUAAUAUUACAUCCAAGUCUGACUAGGUCUGGUAAUGUGCAGUCAUUGGUUUAAUGCUGUUAAUGUUGUGGAGCUAAAAUUUGAAUUAAUUUUGUUUUAAUUCACAUAUGAAAAAGAUCCAACAGUGGAAAAAUAUUUUGGUAUAUCUUCUUCAGUAUGUUGUACCUGCAAACCAUUUGUAAUUGCAAAACCUGUUUUCCCUUGAAACCACACACAAGACCCAAGUUGUACAGGUGUAAGUCGAAGUAUACCAGAGUAUAUGGUGAACAGAAUUGUAGUUAUGUGUCAUGUAAGGGAUUUAGAAGUGUUGAAUGCAUUUCUUCACACCACUGCUUUAUUUGGUUAAAAUCAGUCAAGUCUAUAUGACUUGAAAAGUGAAAAAGUGCAGUGUCAUAACCUGGGAAGCGCUUAAGAAUUCUUUUUACAUUGUUUUGGUAAAAAUAAAGUGUGCUGCAUUUUUUUGUGCAAAUAAAUUAACAAUUUCAGAUUGUAUCAGACUGGAUUCCCAAUUAGAGAUAGUGCUAUUGGAAUUACUGGGAGAAUUUUCCGAAAUCAACUUGUAUCUUUAACAACGUUAAAAUGUGUGUGAAUGAUGAUAAUGAUCAGUUAGUUAAAGACUAAAGUAAUGCUGGAAACGUUAAAGCAAUUUCAAAUCAAAGUUAUUUCAAAUGGUUUACCAGCAGUUCAUCAGUGAAAUAGAUACUUGCAGUGAAGGUUUUGGGAAUUCUUCAACAGCAUAAUUGGAGUCCACAUAGACAUUUAGGCAUCUAAGACGAUUGCAAAUGCCAUCUCUGUAAAGCUUAGUCAUAAUUUUGUUCCUACUUUCCUAGAAAAGCUAGCAAGGAAGCUUGUAUAUUUUUGAAUAUUAUAUUUUUGUGUUGAGAAUGUAUUUGGUGUAUAUUUUAGUAAAUAUAUUUGGUUUGUUGAAAUAGGGGAAAUUAAUUUUAGGAGAAAUGCAGGUCAACACAUGCUUAAAUGUUCAAAAGAGAUACAUUGAGAUCCACAGUAAUUCUGUUUUAAUCUGAUAAAUGGUAGUGCAGUAUAAAACUCAAUGCCACAUAAGAUGUGAAUGUGCAAUGUUAAUGAUAAUCUGGAGCCCAUUAUUUUCUGGCAGUUUUGAUUCAUUCUUGUUUGCUUACUAUUCUAAGGCUUGCCGUUUCCUAGUUAAAAAUCCUAAUAGCUGAGAGCAGGAUACUGUGUACAUUUUUGUGACAAGAAUGCACUUUUCUUUUAUAUCAAAUAUGACAGCAGUUUCUUCGCUAAAAUGCUUGCAUGUGUCCACCUCCAGCUAAAUGUGCAGGACCAGAAAUCACUUUGGAUUGUGAUAUCAUGUCUCAUUCAGAUGUUGGAUUCUUUGAGAUUUUUGAUUGGGGUUAAAAAUUAUGGCAUCCAACUACUUUGGUGUAAAACACGAAUAACAUGUAGAUAGUGUUGUGCACACCUGCCAGAAAACUGAUAGGGAUUGUUACUUACAAAAGUGGAUCAUUACUCUAUUUACAUGAUGGGAUUUCUGCCCCGACACAGAAUGAUUGACCGGUGCACAGAUAAAGAAAUGCAUGAGUAUUGUGAAAAUUUACUGAAACUUUUUAUAACCCUUCAUAUCUGAUUUAACUUCCACUCCAUUGUGGUCUAAAAUAUCCACUGUUGGAUCUUGGUAAUGAGCCUUAGUCUGGAUUUAGAUGACCUUUGACCCCACUGAUUGUAACUUUGUCAGAUAUACAACUCAAGCAGCUGCUUCCCCACAGAUAUGACCUCAUUUUUGUAUAGUACCUUUUUUUUAAAAAAAAGCUGAUUAUUUUAUUUUUAAAUACUUUAUAUGAACAAAAGUGUGAUGCAAAGUUGUUUUAACAGAAAAUGAAAGCACCAUUAUGUUUGCACUGUUUUUGUACACAGCUUUCCUAAUGUGGGUAGGCUUCAUUAGAGUCAAACUUUAUCGUGUUGCUUCAGCCACUAAACUUAUGCAAUAUUACAUUUGUAUUAUAACGUUUUGUUAUUGCGGUAUUUUAUUUGAAGAUAUUUUUCCAAGUAGGUUAUUUAAGAAGGAUUGCUGAAGCACAUGGUUUUAAAUUAUUUGUUUUUGCUAUUUAAAAAAAAAAACACCUUUUUAAUUUUAGCUUCUGCAGUUAAUGCCAAAACGUCAAGUCAAUUUUAGACACUUCAAAGGUGUUUGUUUUAUACCUGUAUGGUUAAAUGCUGGCUAAAUUAAAGCCUUUUCUUUUAAAGGAUGGCCUCACCCUAAUUAUAAUUAUGUAGAAGUUUAAAAAGGCAGUGACCAUUUACUUUAUAUUUGGCUUGUUUGAGCUGCACAAAGUUGCUGCUGUUUGAAACUAUGUGGUGUUGCUCUGUCAUGGUCCUCUGAUAUACUACAGGGUGACAGAAUUCAACUCCUACACAUUGUGGUCCUAUUGUCAGCCACAUUGCAAAGACAAAGAGUCAAGUGAAGUCUCUGGUAUUUUCCCACAAGACAACAUUUUUACAUGAAUGAAGCUCUAGGCCACUCUUGCACAUCAUCUACCAGUUGGCUCAAGAGCAGUGUAGUAGAGGCUGGGGGCAGACAGUAGGUGAGAAUGAGGGAGGGGGUGGCAGGGGUGAAUCAACCAUCUUAUAAAGGUCCAAAUGUGACACCACACUACCUUCUUCCUUGUGCUCAUGACAUUGUUGACUAGCCUUUUAAUUCUAGAAGCAUGGAGAAAUACAAAAAUAGCUAAAUUCAAAAGUUUUUUUUAAAUGAUUCUUUCACGGGAUGUGGGCAUCGCUGGCUGGGCCAGGCCAGCAUUUUUGCCCAUCCCUAAUUGCCUCUGAGAAGGUGGUGGUGAUUGAAGCAUAUUGUUUGGAUCUUCAUACAGGGGAACAUUCUUAACACAAAACACACAAGACGUGAAAAAUGUGACAGCCUUGGGGCAAAGUUUUACGGCCCUGUUGCAGCCAGCAUGGGUGGGGCCGGAAACUGCGGCGAGCCAUUCAUCUGCUGGCAGGUGGGGCUGUAAAAUUCCACCUUUGGCUUCAUCACUCCAGUUUCUUGAUACUAGUAACUAUGUUCUUGUACUAACCUAUUUAAAUACAGCUUUUUUUGAAGAUUUACUUCCAUUAUAGUCCAUAUCUUUCUGACUGUACAAAAUUACAAACUGUAAAAUCAAAGUUACUGAGUUUUUUAAAAAAAAACCCUUUCCUAAUUGGCUCUUUGAAAGAGCAGUACAGGCCUGCGUCUGUGCUGUAUGAUUCUCAUAUAGAACCAAUGGUUGAAUCUAAAAAUAUUGUAAGAUAAGCUGUUCUAAUUUAUGUAUUUUUUGCAAAGGAGUUUGUUAUGACUGUUUCAGAUAAAUUGCCCUUCCCUACACUUCUUUGGAACCAUAAUGAAACCUCAAGUAGAUGGUUGUUAUUAUUGGAUGAGUGCUGAGAACGUGCACGUGGCAUGCUGUUUUAUUGAUGUCUCUGUGUAAAAUGUUUGUGGAGACUUGCUUCAAGUUCCUUUUGAAUGUGUCUUUACACCUUCUCAAAUGGUACUGGUUGAAGAGGCACGUAAUUUGCCCAGAGCAAGGUGCAUAAAUGCACAGAGUGGUACAUAGCUUUUCCUAAUGGUACACACUUUUUGAUAGGGGGUGCAGUUCUUCAAAUGCAUUGUUGAAAUUUUAAAACUUAGCUUUCCACAAGUCCCUUCCCCUGGCUUUUUUUUCAUUCAUAUCUUCUGAAAAGCAAGAGUAUUUUGUAGGAAUCAUUUUAUCAUGAUAAAAAUAAAACAUCAAAACCUACCUUUCAGAGAAGAGAUUAAAAUGUUGUAACAAAGCAUGGAAUUAGGGUGGUGGCAACAAAUAAAAAGCAGGUAAAGCUCAGAUAGUCAAGUGUGAUUUUUGUAAAAAAAAACAUAUAAACAGCAAGUUGCAUUUGCUGAUUGCACCCCGGUUUGUUUCCUGUUUCAUGUUUACAUUUCCUGCAGGCAAAAAGGUAAUUUUACUGAGUUGGACAAAUCAUUGUUGUGUAAUUGUCAGAUUGCACUAUGGUAAUAAAUGUCAAUAUUAAAUGGAGCUUGGUGAGAAGUCGAACUUUGUACCGUGGAAGCAUGGAACCUCCAGGAUAGAUUUUUAUGAAACGAGUUUACCUGAAUUUAACAAUGUAUGUAUAUUUUCUUUUGCUGUGUGGUGUUUUUAAAAGCCUUCAAACUCACAAUGUCAGUAAGGUGAAAAUGAUUGUGCACUUAUUUCUGAUGGUUCCCAAGGACCUUGAGGAUCAAAGAGCUAGCCAUGAUGAAUUUCCAUAACUAAGUGGGUUUGAACAUGUUACAUUCUGACAACCAACCAUUUUUUGAAAUAGACAAUCCACUGAUAUCCUGCCAUAAUUAAUUUUCUUCCAGAUUUGUACACUGCAGCAAAACUAAUGUACUGGGUUUUGAUGAAACGUUUGUUCACAAUCCACUUGCACGUUUAAAAUUUGCAAUGCAACUCAUUUCCACCUUACUACAAACAUGUCCCCGUUAUGGUAAUCUGUGGAUCAAACGGGUGUGUAUUGUGAAGUUUGUUUUAAUGAAAAGAAAAAUUGAGUACACUAAAAUUGGGAUAGCAAUCGCGGCGAGGGAAUUGCUCACUUUUAGAUAUCAGAAUGAAUGCGUGUUUGGGGUUCCGAGUGUGUUUUUAAAACAAAUUUCAUUGUUAAAGCUGAAUUAUAUGUGUGACAUCACAUUAUGUAGCUGUGACCUGAUGAUACGUCAGCUGAUUUACUAAGUGAUGCUGUUUAUGGGAUGUUUGUGACAUUACAACGUAAUAGUGACCAAAAACUGUUAAUGCCUAAUGCCCGGGUAAGUGACUGCAACCAAUCUUGUGACUGUCCAAAUUUACUCUCAUCCUUAACUCUCAGAAGUUCUGCUGAUGACUUGUAAAAAUGAAUAGACUGCGAACAUUAAAAAAAAAUCUGCUUAAACACUUGCAUGCAGUUUUAUCUUCCAAAUAUGGAAAGCACCAGCCUUACUGCUGGCUGAGCAGCAACUCACAAUCCUCCCAUUAUCUGAACAAUGUUUUAUGUGUCAAACUGCAGCUGUGUAUGGUAUUUAUGUCUUAUAAUCCUGCAAAAUUCUAUCCAGUCAUAUCUAAUGUAGAACUUAGUUUUCAGUGAAAGUAUUAUGUAGUGCUUUUCAGAUAUUGUGUGCAAUAUCCCCUGCCACUGGAGUAUUUGAUGUAAAGGGAACAAUUAAAUUAAAAUCCACAAUAAAAUGAAGUACGACAA